CGGACUGGACGGACGGAGAAUUUCAACUGCUUCAGAAACAGCGGGGACGCACUGGAGCUUUCUCCCAGGCCAUUUUAUUAUACCUGUUCGAUUUUCCCUAAGAUGUCAACUCAAGGCCAUAACUGGACCCGACAGGAAAAGAAGGAAGGCGAGGAAGAGGACCCCCUAGACCAGCUCAUCUCCCGCUCUGGCUGUGCUGCUUCCCACUAUGCAGUGCAGGAGUGCAUGGCCCAGCACCAGGACUGGCGACAGUGCCAGCCACAGGUGCAAGCCUUCAAGGACUGCAUGAGUGAGCAGCAAGCAAGGCGGCGGGAAGAGCUGCAGAGGAGGAAAGGGCAAACCAGUGCCCACCACUGAAACCCCAAACCACCUGUUGUCCCCAGAGAACUGUCUUACAAACAGCACCAGAGAGACCAUAGGAAGAACAAAUCCUACGCCAUGGAACUAUGGACCAGUGUGUAAAACUUAGGGAUAAUAUUGGCAAGUCAAGCUGCCGUGGGUAUAGACGAGACUACCAAAAGAACUGUAAUGUUUUCUUAGUGAGAUCUCACACAUCUUCAUCCAUCUUGUUUCACAGUAUUCAGUAUGGAACAAAAUUUGCCAUGUAAAACAGUAGGGUUAGGGAUGCCCUCCUACCAUACAUUUCAGGUCAGUGUGUCAAAUACAGAACUCCUUACCUGGAUGUUUAAUUUUUUUAAAGAUUUAUUUUACUUAUUUAUGCAUGCAAGAACUGGGGUGUAGGGCAGAGGUGUGUUUGGGAGUGGGUAGUAGGAUUCACCACAGUGGGGAGCAGAACAGGAAAUCUGUUGAAAUACAUUACCGAGGGGAGCAUGCCAUGUGGACUGGCACCCUGGCUGGGGAUAGCCUAACAGUGCUGAGACUUUUAACCCCUG